AUGAAUUCGAGAGCUUUUAUAGUGUGGUCUCUUUUGUUAGCGGCUGUUUUUGCCGUCACGGUUAUUGCUUCCGUCGAUGACAUAAAACAAGCUAGCGCAAACCAAGUAGAUGACUCAAAGUCAUCAUGCAAGUACGGGAGUUGUGAACAUGCUGCAGAGACUGCUUUUGUAGAAGCAGAUAACGCUAAGUAUGAGAUGGAACAAGGAAGAGAUGGUUUUGAUGAGACCAUUGGUGGAAAUGAGGAUGAGUCCAAAUAUAACCAAGGUGGCCAAGGAGGACAGAAGGGAGGUAGUGGCCAAGGAGGUCAUGGUGGACAGAAGGGAGGUAGUGGCCAAGGAGGCCAUGGUGGACAGAAGGGAGGUAGUGGUCAAGGAGGCCAUGGUGGACAGAAGGGAGGAGGUAGCCAAGGAGGCCAGGGUGGACAGAAGGGAGGAGGUGGCCAAGGAGGUCAAAAGGGAGGCGGUGGAGGUGGCCAGGGAGGUCAAAAGGGAGGCGGUGGCCAGGGUGGACAGAAGGGAGGAGGUGGCCAAGGAGGCCAGGGUGGACAGAAGGGAGGAGGUGGCCAAGGAGGCCAGGGUGGACAGAAGGGAGGAGGUGGCCAGGGAGGUCAGGGUGGACAGAAGGGAGGAGGUGGUCAGGGGGGUCAAAAGGGAGGAGGUGGACAGGGAGGUCAAAAGGGAGGAAGAGGCGGUGGCCAGGGAGGUCAAAAGGGAGGAGGAGGCGGUGGCCAAGGAGGAUACAAAGGCGGUGGUGGAGGCAGAGGUAGUGGAGGCAGAGUUGGUGGAGGAGGUCAAGGAGGCAGCGGUAGAGGAAGUGGAGGCGGUCGAGGAGGAGGAAGUGGAGGUGGUCAAGGAGGAGGAAGUGGAGGUGGCCGUGGAGGCGGUGGAGGCGGAAUGUAG